UUCAAGACUGCAUGACAUUCAACACUCUACCAACCAUCUAAUAUCUCUCAAUCACUUCUUAAUCAUUCGCAAAUCACUUUGAAGCUUUUUCACACCACAAUUUCUUUUGAAAAUAUUCUCUUAAUUCUUAAGAAUUUGGGGAAGUUUUGGUUAAUUGUUUUCGUUAUAGAAAACAUUUUUCUCUUCUUCUUUUUUCAGACAAUGUUCUUGUCCUACAAACAAUGCCAUCGACUUGAGCUGCAAUCUCUUCUUAACAACAAAACAAGCGUCGAGAAGAGUUUCUAUUUCUGGAUUUUCCAAAUAUUAAAAGUUGUAGCUUCUUGAUCGUGACUUAUAUUAUAAUAGCCUUUUCUGAAUUUUAUAUACUCACGUGGGUCAAGAUCUAGCAAUUUCUUGUAUACCAAGUCACUUAGUGUUAUUGCAAAUGGGAAGUUCAUGUUUACCACCAGGAUUCCGGUUUCAUCCUACUGAUGAAGAACUCAUAGACUACUACUUAAAAAGAAAAGUCGAAGGUAUAGAGAUCGAGCUUGAAGUCAUUCCAGUUAUUGAUCUUUAUAAAUUUGACCCUUGGGAGCUACCAGACAAGUCUUUUCUCCCAAACCGGGACAUGGAAUGGUUUUUCUUCUGUUCAAAGGACAAAAAAUAUCCUAAUGGUUUCCGCACAAACCGAGGAACAAAGGCUGGUUAUUGGAAAGCAACAGGAAAAGACCGGAAAAUUACAUGUCGUUCAUCUCCUACAAUCGGAUAUAGAAAAACUCUAGUUUUCUAUAAAGGUCGUGCCCCAUUAGGUGAUAGAACAAGUUGGCUCAUGCAUGAAUAUCGACUAUGUGAUGAUGAGAGUUCAUCACAAGAUUCACAAAGUUUCAAGGCAGCUUUUGUGUUAUGCCGUGUUGCUAAGAAGAAUGAGAUCAAGAGUAACUCAAAAAUUCAAAGAAACCUAAAUGAACAAACACUUGGAUCAGGAGAAACUUCGGGUUAUUCUAGUCGUGUGACUUCACCUAGUCGUGAUGAUAUGAUGCCGUUUCACUCAUUUGUCAAUCCGUUUUCUACUGAAACUGACUCUUCCAACAUCUGGAUUUCACCUGAUUUCAUUCUUGAUUCUUCAAAAGACUAUCCUCAAAUCCAAGAUGUUGCACCUGAGUACUUUCAAGACUUUGAUUUUCCGGUUUUAAGUAAUCAAAACGUCGAUGUUCCAGCGAGUACCUUGAAUGCAAAUGUAGAUCAGAACAUGGACGAAUCUAUGCAAACUGGUUACUGGACAAAUAGUUGGUACGGUCAAACCGGUUUAUUCGAUUAAUCCGACUUCUCCUAGACUGACCUUCGUUGAGGUCGGUCUCUCUUCUAAGACAAAAACAACUUUUAUCGUUCGAGCCUUCCAACUUUUACCAAUGGGUCUAUAUCUCGAUUGUUUAAUUAUUCUGUUUUAUUACAGUUUUAUUUAUUUCUUUUUCUUCAGUAGGACUAUGUAUUAUUGUCGUCUUUAUAUAUGCAACGGUCUCUCAUUUUUACGAUGAUGAUUAAUUGGACCACACACUAUAUAAAGAAC